UGUUGUCCUGUUUCUCUUUAGUGAGGCAAAAAGAGGGCGCUGCCGCGCUGCGGCUCUGGUCGGCGGGUUGCCGUGGUCGCCGGCAUGGACCUCCACGUCCUCCUCCCGACAGCCGGACCUUCUCUCGCCCCCCGCCCGGCGAACCCCCUUCUCUCCACAGCCAAGGCUACCAGCCCAAACGACGCUCGCAGGGCCGUCUCCGUCCGUGCCUCAUCCUCGCCGUCGCUGCCGUCGACAGCCGCGACGUUAUUGCCUUCUCCUCCCUCCGCCUGUCUCUGUACUCGGUGGGUGGUCGUGACGGAGAACCCUUGCGUCCUCGAAAUCAGAGUUUUGCUCGCUUUUGUUGGAGGAGUACCAGGGGUAUUAUCUGCGAAGCCUGAUGGGGAUGAAAUAGCUGGAAAGGAGGACUUCAGCUAUUCAAACAUCUCAUAAGCUGACCAACUCAGAUCUGAUGGCUGUGCUUAUAGAUUUUCUCUAAAGUGUACAAAAUAAUGAGUACUGGCUAGUUCAAAUGGAGAAGCCUGGGGUUGAGGUAUGUAACAAAGGUGCAGAUGAUGGACUAUUAUACUCACACCUUAACCAAGGUUUUGGGGAAUGAGAAGGAUGCACAAGUAUGCAUAUAUGAUAUAUCUAGGGCGAAGGAUUUUGGAUUUUGUUGCCAAAUUAAUGAGCCAUGUGCCCGGGUACUAGCUGAUGUUCCAGGGGUUUUAUCUGUGCAGCCUAAUAUGAAUUUUGGAUCAUGUAACAAAGGUUACAAAGGACUUCAGUUCUAUUCUUCUGACAAAACCUUGCAUGCAGCAUUUGAAGGCUUUGGUGAGCUUAUUGAAGUUGAAAUUAUAAUAGACAAGAUAUCAAAAAGGUCCAAAGUCUAUGCCUUCAUAGGAUACACUCCAGAGGAAGCUGCAAGUGCUGUUCUGAAAGAUAUGAAUAGGAAGGUUUUUAGCAAUCCAAUCCCCUGCUACAGUUAUACCCAAGCAUGUCUCGAAGACUAUGAUCCAUCGAGUUUUGAUGUUUGCAACCCAUCAACGUCUGGAUGAUAGUCUUCGAUGUUGCCAAAGCCAACCCACCAAAAUACAGCAGGGCCACCAGGCACAUCAGCUUUGUCAUAUUAAAUGAUACUCAUACGGCUUGACAGCGAGAGAUCAAAGAAAGGCAUGGGUGAAUGUUUAGUUUCCUGGUCCGAAAUAUGUAAUUUUGUGAGUUGCCUCCACAAUGGAGAUGGGGAGUGCUUGUUCCCCUUUGUAUUGAUCCACUCUGCAGUUGUUGUAAAUAUGACUCUUACACUACAAUCCUCACUUUUUAGCCACCUAUCAGCAGCCCGUUUUGUACUGUGCUUUGUCUGGCAUCCGUCAAUGGCAGAUAACAUUUACUUUUGGUUUAGAAAAAAAGGUCUGUUGAAUUUGGAUAAGAAAUUGCUGGGAAGAAUGUCUUGA